AUGGAGUCGGAUGCGCACUCUGUGCGUGUUGUUUUGACAGCUGUGGCACCUCCACCACCGCACCCUCACCUGUCAGAACUUUUACCCAGAGAGCAUCGACAGGUACGCAGAGAACCCUCCAGAGACCCGCCGGAGGAUCUUGGCGAUGCCUUGCUGGGGAGACAUUCGAAACUCUAUCAGCGGCGGAGAGAAGUGGAAGCCGAGCUCAAACAAGAGUUCAGCUUGCCAGAAGAGGCGACUGCGGUACUGCACGAGUUAAGAUCGAGGCGAUCGACGCCGCUUGGGUGCCCUCCACCCGUGCCUAAACCGCGCAUGGGCAAGUCCAAGCUUCCGCCCAUUCCAAAGCUGCCCGAGCAACAUCGGCCGCCACGCUGGGGGGUUGGAGACGCCUCGGAGAACAUCGAUCCCACAGCGCAGGCACAUGCCCAGACACCAUGGUGGAAGUUGGAGCAAGAGACCUUGGCUAGGCGGAGUUCCGAGAGGCAGCUGAGAGCUGAAGAUGUUGACCAGCGUGACCCAGAAGAAGUUGGCGAGGACUGCACUACGUUUGACCGAACCUUGCAAAAGCGCCCUCAGAGUUGGAGAAUGGGCAGACCUGAUCAGCUGAGGAGCCGUGGAGAAAGCGCGAGCCAGCAGGAUGUCGCGCGAUUGCCGCGCAUUCAGCAGCACCAGGAAGAAGGAGGGCAUGGCAAUCAACCGUGGCGUCUCAAGGCACAAGAGCUGGAGGCAGUGGCUGCUGCACAUCGCCUCGCCCAUGCGAGACGCAAAGAGGCAGAAGCUGUGGGACGUGAACCGAAUGGAUACCCCGCUGCUGAAAGCGACGCUGCCGUCCGAGCACCCUUGUCGAGAGAGCAGCUCAAUGAGCUUCAUCGUCGUGAGGAGCUGCGUUUCGAGGAGAUGAGGCAAGAAGAGCUUCGGAGGCUACAGCUCGAGCGUGAAGAAGCCAAAAUGCGAAGACAGGAGCAGGAGGAAUGGGAGCACGCCAUGCGUCGCAAGUUCAUCGAAGAGGCAGAGCAGCUUAAAGCUGCCCGGCGAGCACAACGAGAAGUUGAGGAGCUGCAGGAGAAGAAAUGGAAAGAGGGAGCUCAGAGGCGCCAGGCAAUGAGGCAGGAGGAGGUUCGUGAGCGUGAAGAGGCCAAGAAGCGAAGACAGGAGCAGGAGGAAUGGGAACAAGCCAUGCGUCGCAAGAUUGCUGCGGAGGAGCAGCAGAAUGAGGAAUUCCGGAGGCGCCAGGCUGAAGAGAAGAAUCGAGCACAGGACCAUGGAACGGAGCCAAAGGCCAAGAUGGGCAUGGGCGCCUCUGAGUUCAGGUUUUCUGAGAGGCCACAUGUUGCACAGCCAUCGCCUCCUCGUCAUCCGCACCCUUCACAAUCCCCGCAGGGAGGUCGACGUGGAAGGUUUAAACCUACGAGCACGAGCGGCAGAAAUGCCGCUGACCUUAGAUCUAGCAGCGCUGAACUGCAAGCAGCGAAGUCAGCGGCUAUGCGACAGCUGAUCAUGUUGAAGCAAAAUCCCUCCAAAGAAGCCAGACACAAAGGCUUCAAGGAGCUCUUGCGUAUGUGGCACCCGGACAAAAACCCUGGGAGCGCAGAGGUUGCAACAACUGUCUUCCAAAUGAUCCAGGCGGAGAGAGGUCGUGUCUUCAAGUAG